GAAUUUAAUCCCAAAGGGGCCCCGAGUCAAUUGCCCCUUUCUUUUAAAGCUCUCCAUUUAUAUUCUCCUCUCUUCAAUUUCAUCACCAAGAAUUUCCUAUUCUCCCUCUUCCUCUCUCGACUAAAACAUGGGUAGAUCUCCUUGCUGUGAGAAAGAACAUACGAACAAAGGCGCAUGGACUAAAGAAGAAGACGAGCGUCUCAUCAGUUACAUCAAACUUCAUGGCGAAGGUUGCUGGAGAUCUCUUCCUAAAGCUGCCGGUUUACUUAGGUGCGGUAAGAGUUGCAGACUUCGAUGGAUAAAUUACUUAAGACCUGAUCUCAAAAGGGGGAAUUUCACUGAAGAAGAAGACGAACUCAUCAUUAACCUCCAUAGCUUACUUGGAAACAAGUGGUCUCUAAUCGCUGCAAGAUUGCCUGGAAGAACUGACAAUGAGAUCAAGAACUAUUGGAACACUCACAUAAAGAGAAAGCUUCAUGGCCGAGGAAUCGAUCCUCAAACUCAUCGCCCACUCAUCACUUGUACACCUAACAAACCAACCGCCAUUGAUACACUUACUACCACUGCAAACGACAACGUCGGUUUUCAGAUAAACAUGCAAAAAACAAAGAAGCAACAACCGCCGGAGUUGAGUAACAUAAAUAAUGAAAAAGAAGACUCAAAUAGUAGCAGUGGCGUAACGACGGACGAAGUUUACCCAGAACUCAAUCUGGAACUCUCCAUAGGCCUUCCUGCACAACAGAAACGGAUUAUAUCAAGUUCUUGUAUCCAAGUAAAUGACAAGUUUUCAAAAAGAAGGGUGUGUUUGUGUUGCAAUCUAGGGUUUCAAAAUAGCCAGGCGUGUAGCUGUAAGUCCAUGGCAAUGGCAACUACAAAUAAUUACACCUGAAAAUAAUCUUGAAAUUUAGGCCAAACUUUUGGUGCUCACAUGAUAAUCUGUGGUGGAAAACGAAAGAAAAGAGAAUAUGAUUUAUACAGUUGUAAGAUUCCACAACUUAUAUAGAGAAAUUUUGACAGAAA